CUCCUCCUAAUUUUAGAUCGAUUCAGUUUUAAUUUUCUUCAGUGUAGUCAAAUUUGUUUUUAGUGUCAACGAGUUGAACAAAAUUUCCGGUAACUGGUAGGGAAUAUGUCCUGUCCCUAUCGUGUGAUCAACUUCGUGCUCCAGUUGCUGACGGCGAUCCUGGAGGUUGUGGCCACUGUGUUUGUCGUUCUUCUGCUGUGGUCGCCAUGUGUCCUGGGACUGGAGUUCUCCGUUUCGCCGACUAUGUGCCUCUUCAUUCGACCGGUGAUGGCCCUUCACAGUGUGGUGUUUGUCCUUUUUCGAUUAUGCUGCUGCACCGUGGGCCUGGAUCCAAUUGCGGUCGUUUUCAAUUUUAUCGCGGGCGUGGCCGUAACAUGCAGCUCUCUUUUCUUGCUCAUAGACGUGAUUAUGUAUCAUUGCGGGAACGAGUACCUGUACAUGUUUUAUAUUGUCGGUAUCUUCGGCCUUCUAGCAGGAAUAAUGCAUUUGGUGAACGCUUUCAUCUGCAACCGAUACAUGCCCGCAAGUGAAAGGUUGUACCUGAAACCCUCGAAGAGGCAGAGGAAGAAGGCCCUCAAAGUCAGACUCAGGGAAAAUAAGUAAUGUUACAGUGGACUCGGAUGAAAGUGUAAUGGAUAUUUUAAAAAUUUUAUAUUUUUUGUAAGGGCUAAAUGAGUGAAAUGUAUCUUUAAUAAAUAUUAAUAAAAUUA